AUGGAGCGUUGGACAGGUCGUGUAGCUUUAGUAACUGGAGCUAGUAGUGGUAUAGGAGCAGCUAUAACUGUAACACUAGCACAGAAAGGAAUGAUAGUGAUUGGAGUGUAUUACUGGCCAUAUUAUGCAUCCUUGGAAAACGCUCAUUUCUACACUGCUGCUAAACAUGCAGUUACUGCUAUUGUUGAGGGUAUCCGUCAAGAGUUGAGAGAAAUGAAAUCAAAGUGUCGUGUCACAUCUAUAUCGCCUGGUCUGGUGAGAACAGAGUUUAUAGGGAGAUUUACAAAAGCAGACAAUAUUGAUGAAGUGAUGAAAAAGCUAUGA